UGCAUUCUCGUGUAUACACAAAUACACACACACGUAACACAUUACAACUGUCAACUUGAUUUAGUGAUUUUACCAAGUGUUAAAAUUAGUAAAUUUUAUUUAAUAAUUAAUGUUCAAGGAAAUAUUAAUAAAGGAAUUGAUAUUUAAAUAAAAUGUCUUCCCUCCAGAAAUCAAUGCUAAAAUCAAAACUACCACCCGCGGGUUUAAAAUUAGGAUUUACAUCAGGGGGUUGUAGGUCCAGAGCUUUACAGCGAAAAAGAGAUUACGAGCCAGUACAAUGGUCCACAUAUUAUAGUGAAUCGCAAAAAAUUAAAAUUGGAGAUAAUUCGUUUCAUAUUUACAUUCAAGGUGAUGAUGGACCACUUUUAGUUUUAUUGCAUGGCGGAGGUUAUAGCGCCUUAACUUGGGCUGAAUUUACGAAAUCCAUAAUUGGAAUGGUUGUUUGUCGAAUAUUGGCGAUAGAUUUAAGGGGACAUGGAAAUACACAAACAACUGAUGAUGAAAAUCUGAGUGCUGAGACAUUGGCACAUGAUGUAGCAGCUGUGAUACAUGAAUAUGACGAUAAUGCUCCUAUUGUAUUAAUCGGUCAUAGCAUGGGAGGUGCUGUUGCUGUACGAGCGGCACCAUUACUUACAAAUUUAGCAGGAAUUACUGUAAUUGAUGUUGUUGAAGGAACGGCAAUGGAUGCUUUAGCUUCAAUGCAAAGUUUUCUCAGAUCACGACCAAAAGGCUUUGAUUCAAUACCACAAGCUAUUGAGUGGUGUGUUCGAAGUGGCCAAAUUCGUAAUGUCCAGUCCGCCAAGGUAUCAGUUCCCGGACAAAUUACAAAUACUGUGAGUGGAAUGUUGGCGACUGAUGAUAUCGACGCUGUUUUAACUUCAACUCAUUCGGAAAGUUGUUCAAAUUUAACUGUUCAAAGAGGAGACACUAUACAGGAAGAGGAGACACUAACAAUGCCAGCACCGGAAGUUCUCACUUCACUUUUAGAAAAGAAAUAUAAAUGGCGAAUAGACUUAGCAAAGACUGAGGAGCAUUGGGUUGGAUGGUUCAAAGGAUUGUCGGCUGCAUUUUUAAAUAUACCUGCUCCAAAAAUGUUACUUCUCGCAGGAGUCGAUAGAUUAGAUAAAGAACUUACAGUUGGACAGAUGCAAGGAAAGUUCCAAAUGCAAGUUUUACCAGCUUGUGGACAUGCAGUUCAUGAAGACGUUCCAGAUAAAGUUGCCGAAGCAAUUGCAACAUUUAUGGUCAGACAUAAAUUUGCAGAACCUGCCUCGGAUUUUCCUCGAACAUUCCCCGCCUGUUAACGGAAUAAAAUACUUAACGAAUAACUUGUGGAUAAUAAAUAAAGAAAGAAAACUUAUUCUCGUAUAUUGUAAAGAAAACUAAAGGCUGCUUAAAGCAAUGAAAAAAAAUAAGUUUAAGUGUGAAAUGUAGCAAUCAUUGUCGAUAUCUGUGCUUUGGAGUCUCUAUACAGUAUUUUCAAUACACUUUUGCUUCAUUCAAUUCCAAAGUGCAACUGGAAAAUAACGAAAAUUUAUUGAUUUUCAAGUGGUGUUAUUUUUUCUCUUCUUUUCUUGAACAAAUUGAUUUUAGUUGCUAGGAACGUAUAGAAUAUAAUCGCUGAACUUUAAAUAUUUGCAAUGUGAGAUAUAAACAGAGGAUUGAUAUUUAAAAUCCUUCUUAAAUUAUUCUUUAUAACCGAAUUUUGUAAUUUAUUUUGGGUAAUCUUCAAUACUGAUAUGAUGUUUCAUGUGUAUAUAAUAAAUAAUCACAUUUCUGAAAAAA